AUGGAUGACAAGAAGACUUCCACGAUAUCUUUCACACUUAAUAAAAAUUUUGCUCCUAAAAAGCUCAACACAUCGAAAUAUAACGAAGAAGAGAAAAUAGAGGAUGAUAAAGAAAUUAUUACUGGUUUAGAAGGAAACGUUAUUGAAGGGAGUAAAAGCAGCGACAGAAAUAAAGGUCCAGCCGUGAUUCCCAUGGUCAAAAGGAAUCGCUGGGUAAUACCAAAUGAAAAGGUCAUAGCUAAUCUAAUUAAUCAAGAUAAAUCUAACCUAGAUGCUGAAGCAGCCCAAGAAAUUCUUCAAGAAAUAAAUAGUCAAGUAGAGGUUAAUGAUGCAGAAGAGGAGCAUAUUGUCCCCCUAUUAAUGCAAAACUGUGCACCACGGGUUAAAGGUAUAGAAAGCUCCGAAAAACUAGAUAUUGCGAUGAGGCCAGAAACAAGUUCACUGGAAGACUAUGAGAACAUGCCGAUAUCCAACUUUGGCCAAGCCAUGUUGCGUGGAAUGGGCUGGUCAGUAGGUCAAGGAAUUGGCAAGACUAAUAAGCAAGUUAUCAAACCCAUAGAAUUCACCCCUCGCUAUAAAGGCCUGGGUUUAGGAGCUGAACGUCUUGUUGAAUCGGAUGACAAAAAUAAGAAUAAGCCUGAUAAGAUCAGGAAACCUGGUGAAAAAUAUGAAGAGCCUGAAAGAACGUCAGACGUAUGUUUUGCAGCAAAAAUGGUAACAACAAUUUCGUUAGGUUUUGCUCGUGGAGUUCACGUAAUGGUUGUAGCUGGACCACAUGCGGACCUUUAUGGUAAGGUAGAGGGUAUCGAUGGCGAUAAUGGCCGCAUUUUUGUUGCGCUCGCAAUUAAUAAAGAGAAAACAACUAUUAGUCAAAAUUGUUUGAAAAUUGUUAGCGAAAAAGAAUACACGAAGAAUUGUAUGAGGUUAAAUAAAGUUGAUAAAGUGCAAUCGUUUAUCAAUUCUCGCAGUGGACGUGAAGAGACGCUUAACAGUACUGAUAGUUUAAAAAGUUCUAAAAGAAAGCGGGGAGAUGAAGAACGCUAUCCCAGUGAAGAUAAGAAUCGAUCCCAUCACGGCAAUAAUUACACCGGAAGCAAAGACCACUAUCAUUCGAAUAAGCAUGACGAAACUGGCAGUAAUGUAUGGGUAAGACCUAAAACUCGCGUACGACUCAUUAGCAAGUCGUACAAACAUGGUCGAUAUUAUAACCAUAAGGUUAAAAUUAUCGAUGUCAUCCGUGCUGGUACAUGUAUUUGCGAAACUGAUGAUGGCCGUUUAUUAGAAAAUAUUACCGAAGACAUGCUAGAAACUAUUGUUCCGAAAGGUAAUCCUGCCUAUGUCAUCGUUGUGAAAGGGAAACAUGCCGGCAUGGUUGGAAAAAUUGUUAGCCGGGAUAAGUCCAAUUACAAAGCUGUUGCAUAUUUACUAUCAAAUCAGAAAGCUGCAGAAUUCGAUUACGAUGAUAUUUGCGAGUACACUGGAGACAUUGAUCAUGAAGAUUAUUAA